CACACACAGACAGACACUCAUACAUAAUGCACACACACACAGACACACGCACACACACAAAGUCAGACAGCAUGCAGCAAACUUUCCCAUCAGCGGCAGUGGUUGAUCUUCGCGGGCCGCUCCCACUCAACUGGUUGCUGUAGCAGCCCUGGUGUGUGCGUGUGUGUGAGGGUGUGUGUGAGUGUGUGUGUGUGUGUGUGAGUUUGUGUGUGUGUGUGUGUGACGGAGGAGGUCAGCCUCCCAGCUACUCAGAGAACUUCCAAAGAACCUUCGUCUCCUCCUCCUCCUCUUCAGAACAGGACAAGAAGCCGCCGAACGCACACCUGGUCUGGGAGACGAGGACCACUGCUGUGCCGCACACUUCGGAACCCAGCCUCGACUCCACCUGACUUUUUUUACGUUUGACUUUUUGUUCUUUAUUCGUUCGUUUUUCGCUUCAUUCUUCUCAGGAUCGUUGGCUGUUUGGGGUUGUUUUUGUGGUUUUUAAGUUCACUUUGGGACAUUACUGCAGGAGGCGAAGAGAGAUGAAGUUCAGCUGAAUGGACUGAAGACAAGUCAAGAACAAGAAAGAACAACUUUUGGAUAUUUUAUUAUUCUUCCCCGUGCCCGUGUUAUUUCUUAAGAGCAAGGACACUAAUAACAUUGUAUAGAAGAAAAAACAGUUCUACAGUCUUCAUACUUUUUUUUGUGUCUUGUCAUUUGCAUGACAGACACAUCUGCCUGGGAAAAAAGCGGGUCCCAAGAUGUUCUGCUCCAGGAGAGCUCUACAACAAUGGUGCUUCUCGCUGUUCCUGCUCUGUUCUCCAGUGCCUCACUACGGCCGACCCAUUGACGCCCUGAGCAACAGAAUGAAGCGCUCAGUGACUCACGCUCAGCUCAUGCACGACAAAGGGCGCACGCUACAGGACUUCAAGCGGCGCAUGUGGCUGCAGGAGCUUCUGCACGAGGUGCACACGGCCGCCAUCCGCGAUCUGCCUUCGCGACCCGCCCUGACGUCCGGCGGCAGCAGCAGCAGCAUUAGCGGCGGCGUUGGUGGUGCUGCAGCUGGCGGCGGCGGCGUUGUGGGCGUAGGCAGCGCCGUGUCCGUCGGCGUGGGCGUGGGCGUGGGCGGAGUCGGAGGCGGAGGAGGAGUCGGGGUGGCGCUGCCGGGCCCGGCCUCCACCAUCAACCUGAGCACCACCGGGAGCACGCUGCACUCCAAGCCCCCCGGCGGCACCAAGAACCUCCCCGUCAGCUUCCGGCUGGAGGAGGAGGAGGAGCUGGGCGGGGGCACCCACCUGCCCCAGGAGACCAACAAGUCGCAGGCGUACAAAGACCGCGGCGCCACGGGCAAGAAGAAGAAGAAGGGCCGGUCGGGGAAGAGGCGCGAGGGCGAGAAGAGGAAGAGGCGGGCGCGCUCGCUGCGGUGGCUGGGCCGGGACGACGCCGGGAGCGGAUACCACCUGGGGUGGAGGCCUGUGUGGGGUCUACCGAGGGCGCGCCACUAGGGCCGCACCCUCC